ACAUGGUUGACACAACCACCUCUACGACUCCUUCCCCGCCACUGCCGAAGACCAAGCUUCGUGCGUCUGCGCCGGCGUUUGUCUUCUCUGCCAAUGCGCCCACAUGGCAGCCUCCUUCGUACACCGCGCCAGCACCCGUCGUCGCCGCAGCUGUCCCUGCCGUCGCAGUAGCCGCCGCUGUGCCGAUCUUGAAGCCGACUGCGAAAGCAUUCGUGCCUUCUUUCCUUGCCACUCCCGCCGUGGUGCCGAGCACGACCGAGGUCCACACCGCCAUCGUCGUUGAACCAACCAAGGAACCCACGGAACCCGCGGUCAUCCCUGCUGCCGCCGCCGCCGUCGUCGUUGUUGCCGCCCCUCUCGCGAUUGUCGUCGUCGAAGAAGAAGAAGACGCGGCUGCCACACCUCCUCCUACCACGACAGUCGCGGUCAUCGAACCCGACGUGCCAACGACGCCGGUCGGUUCAGCGAAACCCGAGCCCGAAGCCGAAUCCCACCCUUCGUCUCCCAUCUCUUCCAUCGCUCAUGCUUCUCCAGACUACUCUGUCACCACCGCCAUUGUCAUCAAGGACGAAGAGCCCUCGAAACCGUCCGACGGAGCCUUAUUGCCGCCGCCUACUUCGCGCAAGCGUCGCAUCACGUACACGUUGGCCGAAAUGCUCUUGAUGGAACCCGAGGCGUGUCCUGUACCUGCGGGGUUGGAGCUGUGCGUGGCACCUCCUGGUGAGUCCAAGGCGAGUCGCCUCGCAUUCAAACAAGCCAAGCCGGAUACCCACCACCACCGGAGCAAUGACCGCAAACACAAGGGCGGCAAGAAGAACCACAAGCAUUCGCAUCACAAUGGAUACAGCAAAUCCAACAGCAAUAUCGCCGACGAAGAUGAUUUGACGCCUGUGAAACCAUUGAGCAUCAACGAAGAAACGCGGUGGAAGCCCAAAGAUCACGCUGUAGCAACUAGCUCGGAAGCGACGACAGAUGCGCAUUUGGCCCAAGUCCAAGCGAUCCUCAACAAGUUGAGUGUAGAGAAAUUUGAACGGCUGUCAGAUCAAUUGAUUGCCGUGGCCGUCAAGAGCGCCGACGUCCUCCGCGGCGCCAUCGAUAUGGUGGUGAAGAAGGCGCAGAUGGAAUGGCACUUUUCAUCCAUGUAUGCUCAGCUAUGUGCCAAGAUGGCGCGGUCGGCCAUGCCGCUGCUCAGCAAAGAUGACAGCAGCAACAAGGAAGAAGCCACGAGCGGCGCCAAGUUGUUUCGGUCGUUGCUGCUCACACGAUGCCAAAAGGAGUUUGAAGUGUCUCCCUUGUCUGCUGCAGCGAUUACAGCCAAUCAUUCUGACCAAGUGGCUGACGAACUGGCUGUCCAAUCCCCCGAUACAUUGCUCUUGCUAAAACGAGCCACACUGGGCCACAUUCGCUUUAUUGGCGAACUGUUCAAGCAAGGCAUGCUUAGCGCUCGCAUCAUGCACGAAUGUAUCCAGCGGCUAUUUGGCAACACGGAUAAACCGGAUGAAGAGUCACUGGAGUGCAUGUGUAAACUACUGGCGACCGUCGGCCUUCGGCUAGAAGAGCGCGCCGCCGCCGUGCCCGUGGAAGCCGCGCUGAUCAAGCAAUACUAUGACAUUAUCCACAGCUUGAGCCAAGAUAAGACCAAGCUGUGCACGCGGGUCCGCUUUAUGCUCCAGGACUUGAUCGACAUGCGCGCCAACAAGUAUGUGAGCCGGCUCAAGGAAGCCAAAGCCACAACCAUCGCCGAAGUCCACGCCCAAGCUGCCCGCGAAGAAAAGCUCAAGACAUCUGGCCACCGACAUGUGGAAAAGCCAAAAUUUUUUAAAAGCCAGAGCCUCGCCCUGCCACCGCCACCUUCAGCUGGUUCUUCUCAAACAACCAACAGGCAAGCAUCGAAAGAUGGAUGGGAAACGGUCCCCGCUAAAGUCAAGUUGGUCAAGAGUGUCUCGGCUGAUAUUCGACCUCAACAACCACAACACCCGAGUCGAUUCUCGGAUAAGCGCAACGACAGUGACAACCGAGGCAAGCCGAUCAAGUCGCGCCGGGGGUCGGUCGAGCGCCGAAGUUCCGUGGACACUCCCCAGUCGGCAUCUCGCCGUCCGCCCGCGGUGCCCCGCGGCACCUCUGUGCGCCAUCCAUCCCCCGAACCCCCUGUCGCCGCCGCCUCCCGUUCCGAAGACGAGCUCGUCAAGGUGGCCAAGCGCAUGUUUAAAGAGUUCGUAGCCGAACAAGAUUUGGCCGAAGUCCAAGCGCAGCUGCACGAUGCAUUGGAGCACACGCAGGCAGUGACUUCGACGAUUUGGAACUUUGCACUGGACCAGAAGGACGCCGAGCGCAAUGCCGUAGGGCCGUUCUUCGCCGGAUUGGCCGCCAAUGGCUUGGUGGACGCGGCGGGGAUGGCGGCGGCGCUGGCUGAGCUCAUCGAGUUUCUCGAAGAUAUCGAGAUUGAUAUCCCCAAAGCGGGGCUUUACCUUAGCCAAAUGAUCGCGCCGUUGCUGGCCCAAGGUGUGUGGACGUUGGAUCAAGUGGACCUGAGUGUGCUGCCAGACGCCAAACAAUCAGCGAUUAACAAGCACUUGGCGUCGGCGCUCGGCCAACUGGACAACGUGGCCGAUCAUGAUGUCGCCCUCGUCGAGUUUAUGAACUCGCAUAAGUAAAGAGAUAAAAUUACGAUGUGGUGGUAUAUGUAAGUCAUCGAUAAGCCAGCCACCACUUCGUUUCACACGAG